UUUGAUAUAAUAUAGUUCUGCCUUGUAAGCUGAAAGGUCGUUCAUUUGCAUGAUGACUCUACUAGAUGCGUCUCUUUUUUAGGCGCGAUUCUUUUUAUGAUUUGUAAAAAUUUUGGUCGAGGAAAGAUGGCGGGCGUGAAGUCAGAUUCCACAGAAAAAUGGAGAUUUGUGAUUUUCAUCAGCAAGUUUGGCUUUCACCUGAUAGUGGGAUCCAUCAGCAAAGCAUUUGGAGUUCUUCUCAACGAUAUGAUUUUGCUCUUUGACACAAAUGUGGCUGUACUUGGUUUACUUUGCAGUAUACCUAUCUCUCUCAUGCUGAUAGCCUGUCCUGUCAUUGCUCCUAUUCUUUCGGACUACGGAGGAAGCCCACGCCUAAUUUCACUUCUUGGAAUGACUUGCGGUUUCUGCGCCCUUAUACUGAGCAGUCUAACAAGCUCUUGUGUUCUGUUUGGAAUAUACCUGACCGUGCUUGGAAUUGGUUUAUCAAUGGGCUACAUGGCGAGCUAUGUGAUGUUGGACGAGUACUUUCCAAUGAGUUUCAUCCUAUUGAAUACUGUGACGGAGGUUGGUAGUUCUGUAGGAGUUCUCUUUAUUCCCUUUCUCUUGGAUCAAUGCAGACAAGCGUACGGGUACAGUGGGGCUAUGUUAAUCUUCAGUGCCAUCUUCUCACAUCUUUUAGCCGGAAGUGCCACUCUUAGGCAACCUCCAUCUAAGGAUAAGUGCAAAGUGCCCGAUAAGCUCGAAUACCGGAAGGAGCCUGGAAGCCGAUGGAAUGGCCAUGAAGGUGCAACAAUGGUUUCACAAUCAAACUCGGUUCAAAUGGAAAGGAGGGAGGUGAUUGAAGGACGCGGAGACUCCAAAGGAGGUAAAACGGGUGGAGACCCAGAGGAAAUCGUUAAAUCUAACCCUAAUGCAACCGAAUCUUGUUGCUCGGACGGUGGCAAGACCACACCGUUCAAUUUAGAAAAACAGCUAUACGAAGCAAAAAACAUACAAGAAAAAUGCCUUGAUGGAAAGGAUUUAAUGCAGGAGGAAUUACUAGAUCACACAAGGUCUUCAGAAUCAUAUGCAGGUUAUUCUGCAAAUGAUGACAUGGAUGAAAAUUGUCAACUUCUUAGUCAUCAAACUGAACUGUCUGCCAGAGACAAAAUUGUUUUAGACAAAGGAGAAGGAGAAUUUAGCCAACGCACUUCCAUCAAAAGAUUCUUUGUAAACUCUAUAUUUGUACAGGAACCAUUGUUUACUCUGCUUUUGCCGCUGCAUUGUAUGAACCAUGUCUGUGCGUAUUCCUGGAUGCUCUUUCUUGUGCCACACGCCGAGUGGCAAGGAAUCGGUAGCUCAGAGGCAGCUCUCCUGUCCUCAAUCGGAGGGGCCGGUGCUUUACUUGGUCGGAUGUCCCUGGCGAUAUUAAUAUACUUCGGUCUUGACCUCUUUGUCAUCUGCCUCAUCAGUAGCGUUGUGGCUGCGGCAACGUUCUUGAUAGAUCCCUGGUGCACUUCCUACAGCUUGUUAUGUGUAACUGCUUUUGUGCAAGGUUGUACCAUGUUCAUCAACUCCACCGGUCGGGCUUCCAUGUGCAAGGUGACGACUUCUUCACACACCUUCGUUCGUGGUUGUGGGUAUGCCGCUUUGUCUUCUGGAAUAGGAGGGAUCGCAGGUUGUUUUUUGGCAGGUGUUAUCUACAAUGAAACAGACUCCUUCCACGUAGUUUUCAUGUUUCUGGGAUCCACUCAAGUACUCUUGGCUCUCAACAUCGUAAUUUAUCUCCUUAUCAUUCAUUUUAAAGGAAAUGGACAUACCGUAGUUUAAAGAUUACGUUUUCUAAUGAGGCAAUUGGUGCUUUAUACUUCAAUUCUAUUCAAUUCAAUUUUUUUUCACAUCUCUUAAAAAUAACAAACAACAUUUUGAAAUAAUAUACAAAACAUUAAACAGAAAACAAAUGAAAACAAAGCAUGGCAAAACUAUUAUGAGGCGGAUGUGACGGGCAGACAGGAGGCCAUUGACCUAUUGAGGUCUGUCCGUCUAAUUACCUCAAGAUAACCUUAUAAUAGAGAAUAGUAACAGCAAUAGCAACAAAACAAUUGGUAAACCUAAACGACACGGGGGUUAUACAGCAAAAUAAAACUGAAACAAAACAUAUAGGUGUGACAGGCGGCAGGCACGGAAAGGGGUAAUAAAAAAAUUGAUUCGGAAAAUAGAACACGGUCAAGACCCUGUAUCAAGGAGAGCUUGUUUUAGUUUUCUUUUAAAUUGAUUGAGUGAUAAGGAUUGUUUUAAGUCUUUAGGAAGGCCAUUCCAAAAAAAUGGCCUUUGGUAACAUAAACUAGCUCUUGAUGCUUCAUAUCUGAGUAGUGGAAUACAUAGAUCUUUGGACUUUCUGCAAUUGUAUUUAUUAUGUCAUACUUAUAUAGGAAGUACUCUCUGUUUUGUAAAGGGAGUAGGUUGUUAAUGACGGAAUACAUAAAAGUUGACAUUCGGAAUUCGUGUAGGAUCUUUAAUGGGAAGAUAUUUAACUUUUUAAAUAGAGGUUCGGUAUGGGCGUAUUAACAUGAUUAAUGAGAGUUGGUCAUGAUACGAAUCGCACGCUUUUGGAGUGAAAAAAAAAUUAUUUUCAGAUGAGUACUUAUGACAAAUUUCCCCAUAGGUGAGGUGGGAAAAAAAUCAUUGAAUAGCAUAGACUAACUAAAAUUCUUAAUGGGAGUAGCUCCCUAACUCUGUAUAAAGCUCCAAUAAAUGUUGAUAUUUUCGCUGAUAUAUAAUUGAUAUGAUCUUUCCAAGAGAGUUGUGAAUCUAUUAUUAUACCGAGGUAUUUAACAUUAUUAUUUUUAUCUCAAUAUUAUUUAUCUUUAAGUUAAAAUCAAAAUCAGUUGAUUUGCCUUUCGUUUGGAAGAUAACAUUAUGUGUUCUUUGCGUUUAUUUGUAGCUUAUUGCAGCUGAACCAUUCUUCGUAAAUUUUCAUCUCAUUUUGUAGUCCUUGUUUCAUAUACUCAACAUUAUUCCCAGAUAAGAAAAUACUAGUGUCGUCUGCAAAUUGAAUUGCUGACGUGUUAGAACUUAUAUUUUGAAGGUCAUUGAUAUAGAUAAGAAAUAGUACAUGCCCAGGUAUAGCCCCUUGAGGAACACCGGUAGAUACAUUUAAGAAAGGAAUUUAUGUUUGCAGUGGUAACAUAUUGUUUGUAACAAUUCUAGAACGAGUCCCCUUAUACAUGUUAUACGUGUUAUAUAUGUUAUAAUGAUAUGGUCCAUACAGUCGAAUGAUUGCGACAAAUCAAUGAAUAUUCCAAUAGUUAUUUUCUUCUGCUCAAAUGUUUUUACUAGUUUAUCAACUAAUUCGAUAAAAGCCAAAUUGGUGUCGUAGCCUUGUCUGAAGCCGUAUUGUUUUGAUGAUAAUAUAUUUUCUUUUUUUACAAAUGGCAUUAAUUUCACAUACAACCUUUUCAAAUAUAUUACUGAACACACUUAAUACAG